UAAUAGCAUAAAUAUGAAUUUAUCUAUGAAAAAUAUAACGAAACCAUUACAGUUAAUGAUUUUCAAACAAUUAAAACGAUAUACUAGUAAAAUCGCUGUAGAAAUCGAUGGAAAUGUUAUGCAAAAAAUUAAUAAUGACGAAGUAAAGCCAAGGCAACAUCCAGGUAUAAUAAAAUUCAACCGCACGCUUUUGCCGGCUAAUAUUGAGAAAGCUUUAGAAAAGUCAGUUGGAGAUUUUCCCAUUAAAACUCUUAUGGAAGACUGUAAAAAACUUAACCAAUUCAUAGCAUCCCGCCAUCCACCAGCAGAAGCAGAGGAGAUAAAUGUUAAAAUGAAAAAGAUUAUGGACGAAAUAGAAACAAUAAUGCCCCAUGAACAAAUUACAAAUCUAAGUGAGCAGGAACGCAAACAAUGGCAACAACGUCGAGAACAAAUGUUGCAGAGACGUAUAAGGGAAAGAACAUUUGCUUGGAAACCAGUGCAGUAUGGACAAUAUGAAUCUAUUGUGUAUGCUGUGGGCAGAGGUGCUCAUGAAUAUGGAGUUUUAAUGCGAAUUUUGCAGGAGAUUAAGAAACGUGAUACAGAAUUUAAACCACAAAGUUAUUUCGAUUUUGGUUCUGGUGUUGGCACAGGCAUGUGGGCAGCCAGUAACCUGUGGAAAGAAUCCAUAUUCGAGUAUUUCAAUGUGGAUAGUUCUAGUCAUAUGAAUGAAUUAUCCGAAUUGAUUUUAAGGGAUGGCAAUGAAAAUCAACAAAUGACCCUGAGAAAUGUUUUCUAUCGUCAGUUUUUGCCGGGUUUAGAGACUAAAUACGAUUUAGUUUUAUGUUCACAUUCUUUGUUCGAAUUAGCCAGCUCGGAGGACCGUCUGAAUGUGAUAUUAAAUUUGUGGAAAAAAUGUGAUGGUUAUUUGAUUAUAGUAGAGGAAGGAACAAGACGAGGCUCACAAUUGGUGAAUGAGGCAAGAGAUUUAAUUUUAUCACUGGAGGAGCAUAGUUUAGUGGGUCAUGUUUUUGCACCGUGUCCACACGACAAUAUUUGUCCUCGGCUAUCAAAUUCUGAAGAUCGUACUCCCUGUAAUUUCGAAAUAAAUUUUGUGCCAACAAAUUUAAAUAAAAAGACCAAUCGUACUGCAACAGCUAGAUUUAGUUAUGUGGUACUUAAAAAAGGCCUACCUGAAGAUAAUACCAGAGCAUGGCCACGACUAGUACGACCUACGCUGGUACGUUCGAAACAUGCCAUUUGUAGAAUGUGCACGUCAGAAGGUACAUUGCAAGAAAUUAUAUUUACGGAAUCUAAACAUGGCAGACCUGCCUACAGAUGUGCUAAAGCAAGUCGUUGGGGUGAUCGUUUGCCCAUAACUAUUGGAGAACAUUUUGAAACAAUAACUAAGACUAAGCCUAAAAUAAAAUCUACAAUGACUGACAAUGCAGUAGUCCAACAACCUUUAAAAGAGGAAUAAUGAUUAUGUUAAAGUAGUUAUAAGAAUGUUGUUAAUAUUUUGUUGCUGUAAAUAAAAAAUUAAGAAAUUUAUUUUAUUAAGAAAUUAAAAUGGCCAAACAA